CCAGCGGGGAAAUGCAUAAGCCGGAAGCAUUCAUCAGCUGAUGGAAAGAAAAACAUGUGAAUAUAAGAUUGCUCGUUUCUGUAAUUUGCACGACUUCACCUGAGUGUUUAUUGCUUGUGCACGUCUUGUGAAAUAUCCUACUUGUACUAGUAUAUUAUUGACCGGAAUACUUGCCAAGCGACAAUGUCUUCAGUUGUUUUUAAUCCAAAAGAACACCAACAUAUACGUUAUAAUCCUUUGAAAGGUGACUGGGUUCUUGUUUCUGCACAUCGCAUGAAACGUCCAUGGAGUGGAGCCACUGAGAAACCAGCUGAAGAAAACAUAGCACGACACAAUCCAAAUAACCCAUUGUGUCCAGGUGCCACUAGGAUUAAUGGGGAGGUAAAUCCGAAUUAUGAGAGUACCUUUGAAUUUGAUAAUGAUUUUCCUGUAUUUUUAGAUGAUGGAGCGCCCUCUCCAGGGCCAAAUGAACACCCAUUAUUGAGAGCUGAAUCUGCAGUUGGAAAAUGUCGUGUCAUGUGUUUUCACCCUUGGUCAGAUAUUACAUUACCUCUGAUGUCAUUGGCUGAAAUAAGGAAAGUAAUUGACCAAUGGGCCGACAUUAUGCUUGACCUGGGGUCAAGGUUCAAGUGGGUACAGAUAUUUGAAAACAAGGGGAAGAUUAUGGGAUGUUCUAAUCCCCAUCCACAUUGCCAGGUGUGGGCAAGUUCAUUUCUACCAAAUGAACUCAAACUGGAAGAUGAUCAACAACGAGAUUAUUAUAAGAAAAAUAAAAUUCCUAUGCUGAUGGAUUAUGUCAAGGUGGAAAUGGAAAAAAAGGAACGAAUGGUUGUUGAAAAUGCAUACUGGCUUGCAGUUGUUCCAUAUUGGGCUACAUGGCCAUUUGAAACAAUGCUUUUACCAAAACGACACAUAUUACGACUUCCAGAUCUCUCUGAUGAAGAACGUGAUGGUCUGGCAGAUAUUAUGAAAAAACUUUUAGCAAAAUAUGAUAAUUUAUUUGAGACUUCAUUUCCAUAUUCAAUGGGAUGGCAUGGUGCACCAACUGGUACAUGUAUGCAAGAAGACUGUACUCAUUGGCAGUUACAUGCACACUACUAUCCUCCAUUGCUGAGAUCUGCUUCUGUUAAAAAGUUUAUGGUGGGAUAUGAAAUGUUGGCACAGGUACAAAGAGAUCUCACUGCAGAACAGGCAGCUAAGAAGUUAGAAGAACUCUCAGAAGUACAUUAUAAACUGAAACUCUCAGAAUAAAAACAUUUCAAAGAAGCAAUAUGGAUAAUUUUUGAUUUAUACAUGUAAUAUAUCUUGAAAUGAAUUGUUAUAGUAAAAAAAACUUUUUAAAUACAAAA